AUGGCUUUGGUUCCUGAGGCUCAGCGAUUGAUCUUUGUCGGCUGGCACGGGCAGCGCGGUCUCAAUGCCGAUCAAGGACCACCACCACCGGUUCCAAUGGAGGACACUGCCAGAAAAGGUGUUCCUGGAUGCUAUCAACAUAUUUGGACGAUCCAGGUACACAAGUGGUGUGGUAUUGGAGCCAAGACAGCUUCUCAUUCGAUAUGGCGGCAAACUACAUAUGUUUCCGACGAGGCCCAGAAAGCUCAACACGCGGCAUCGGGCUCAUCUCAGCAAUUAUUUGAUGGGAGCAACACGCCGCUCUACCCUUUCCGCAAGGGAAACAAAUUGGAAUGUUUGGUUGGGGUUCGACAUCUCAUUGGUCUCGGCCCACUCAGACUACCCUCCUCUAAGCCGAGCUGGCAGGGAGCGUGCGGAUGCGGGACGAUGACGGCGGAAGACGGUCUGUACCAUUAUUCUUUGGGCAACCAACGGCUGGUCAAGUUACCUCACAGUUUCCUCUUCCUCCAUUGA